UUUGUGGGCUUUGUCAUGGUCCUAAUAGGCAGGAUAACUCACUAAAUGUUCCCAUAACCUCUUCUGUUUACAUUGCACAGCUAGUAUAUUCUAUCUUGUAUUCACUACUGUGUCUCCCAUCUAGGUCCCAUACUGUCCAGUGAAGAGGCUGUGCUGAUAGAUUUAAACAGAGUCUCAAGCUAUUGCUGUGAUUGAUCUUCCAUUUUCUGGCCUGAAAGACAUUCAGGGAAAGCAGAAGAGAUGGCAGUUUCUUGGGGCUCAGUGACCUAUGAAGACGUAGCCGUGAUAUUCACUCAAGAGGAGUGGGCACUAUUGAAUCCUUCAGAGAAGAAACUCUACAGAGAUGUGAUGUGUGAAAACUUGAGGAACUUUCUUUCAGUAGAAAAAAUACAAGAACUUUCCACCAAAGAGCAUCAUUACUUGCACAGGAGUCAACAAAGUAAUACAGCAGUGAAAGUCUCUGAGGGCAAAAAAAGUCAGAAUGGUAGAAAAUCUCAAGAAUGUGAAGUAUACAACAUUACUCACUGAUUCUAUUCAUCUUCAAAAACAUGAAAGAAUUCACAGUGGAGAGAAACCCUAUGGAUGUAAACAGUGUAGUAAAACAUUCAGUUGUUCCAGUCAUCUUUGGAUACAUGAAAGAACUCACAGUGGAGAGAAACCCUAUGAAUGUAAACAAUGUACCAAAACAUUCAGUUGUUCCAAUAGUCUUAAGAAACAUGAAAGAACUCACAGUGGAGAGAAACCCUAUGAAUGUAAACAAUGUACUAAAAUAUUCAGUUGUUCCAAUAGUCUUAAGCUACAUGAAAGAACUCACAGUGGAAAGAAACCCUAUGAAUGUAAACAAUGUAGUAAAGCAUUCCGUUCUUCCACUCAUCUUCGGGUACAUGAAAGAAUUCACAGUGGAGAGAAACCCUAUGAAUGUAAGCAAUGUACUAAAGCAUUCAUUUGUUCCAGUAGUCUUCACUCACAUGAAAGAACUCACAGUGGAGAGAAACCCUAUGAAUGUAAACAAUGUACUAAACCAUUCAGUUGUUCCAGUAGUCUUAAGCUACAUGAAAGAACUCACAGUGGAGAGAAACCCUAUGAAUGUAAGCAAUGUACUAAAACAUUCCGUUUUUCCAGUGGUCUUAAACUACAUGGAAGAACUCACAGUGGAGAGAAACCCUAUGAAUGUAAGCAAUGUACUAAAACACUCCAUUUUUCCGAUAGUGUUAAGCUACAUGAAAUAACUCACACUGGAGAGAAACCCUAUGAAUGUAAACAAUGUAGUAAAACAUUCCGUUCUUCCAGUCAUCUUCGGGUACAUGAAAGAACUCACAGUGGAGAGAAACCCUAUGAAUGUAAACAAUGUACUAAAACAUUCAGUUGUUUCAGUAGUCUUAAACAUGAAAGAAUUCACACUGAAACCCUAUGAAUGUAAAUAAUGUAGUAACAGAUUUCGACAAUGCUGUAUUCUACGGCAACAUGAACGAACUCAAAGUGGAGAGAAACCAUAUAAAUGUACAGUGUAGUAAAACAUUCAGGCAAUCCAAAACUCUUCGGACACAUGAAAGAAUUCACAGUGGAGAGAAACCCUAUAUGAAUGUAACCUAUAUAGUAAGACAUUCAGGCAAUCCGGAAAUCUUCGGACACAUAAAAGAAUUCACAGCGGAAUCACAGCUUCAAACCUCCCAGCUCUCUAUCCUCUACCUGUACCCUCCCAGCUGUGAUGACAUGGAAUUAAUCACUGGACACCUGCUGCUGCUGCUGGCUAGUCUUCCUGCCCUGGAAGCCAGUGAGUCCAUAGAUGAGAGCAGUCCCUUCUACUAUGACUGAGAGACCCUGCAGCUGGCAGGAGUCAUCUGCUUGGUCAGCAUAGCCUUCGCCCUGAGCAACAAAUGUAAAUGCAAAACUAAAAAGGAGUAGAGCCUGAUACCUGAGAGAGCUGUCCCAUUCAUUAUGCCAGGGUCUGUCAGGAACUGAGCCAGGAAGCUACCCCUUCGGGGUCUGCCCCAGGCAAAGGAUGUUCUCUCGGGGAGCCCCAGGGUCCCUCUUGAUGGAAGACAGCACGAGCUUUCUUUAUGAAUAAAAACCGUUCUCCUAAAAAAAAAAGAAUUCACUAUGGAGAGAAACCCUAUGAGAAUAUAACUAGGUAGUAAAACAGUCAGUUGUUCUAGUCAUCUUCAGACACAUGAAAGAACUCACAGUGCAGAGAAACCUUAUGAAUGUAAAUAAAGCAUUCUUGGGAUCUAGUUCUUUUCAGUUACAUGAUAGAACUCACAAUGGAGAGAAAGAAAUCUCAUGAAUCUAAACAAUGUAGUCAAACAUUUAAGCCAGUUUUCUUUGGAUACAUGAAAGAUCUCACAGUGGAGAGAAACCUAGUGAAAAUAAACAGCAGAACAUUGAUUCAAGCCAGUCAUCUUUGUCAACAUGAAAUAACUCAGAAUGGAGAGAAAUUUGAUCAAUGUAAGCAGUGUUGAAAGCAUUCUGUUAUUCUGGUCCUCUUUGUAGACAUGAAAGAAUUCACAGUGAAACCAAACCCCAAGUAAGUUAACGUUUUCAGAUGUUCCACUAAUUUUCAAUCACAUGAAAAUAUUCACAAAGAAAGCUAAUCUUUUGAGCAUAAACUCUACUAAAGAUCAGAGAGAGAGAUGCAACCUGAGACAUGAUGCAGAGGCUUGUGGUUCAAUAUAAUAGCUCUCAGGUGUGAGCCUCUGCAAUACAUGGGCAAGAGAUGUUCUGUUUUAUUGACUCCAUCUUGCCAUCUUGUGUUAAUAUAUAAGUAACUAUGUAUAAAUAAUUGUAGGGAAUCACAGGGCCAUGUGAACCCAUACCUCUGAAUAUUGUAUAAAUAUAAAUAGAAUAUGAGUAAGUACUUUGAUUCUUUAUCAUAAAUUCUAAUAUAUGAAAAAAUCCACUUGGUACUGGGAACUUAGAUGUCAACAAUGCUUAGAUGUAUUCAAAUUGGUAACAGUUUUUGCACAUAUAAAAUGACUGGCAUUAGAAAAACAAUUCUUAUCAGUGUAGACAUUGUAGGAUGACUUUAUAGACCUAGAAAGGAACUUGUUCUGAAGUGACCAGUGAAUGUAAAACAGUGGAAUAAUAGUGGAUGCUACAAUAUGUGUAUAUGGUGCAAAGCGCAAAGACUGACAUACAGAUCCUUGUUUGAGCCCCCAGCUCCCCACCUGCAGGGGAGUCACUUCACUGUUGGUGAUGCAGGUUUCCCGGUGUCAUCUUUCCUCUCUGUCUUCCCCUCCUCUCUCCAUUUGUCUCUGUCCUAUCCAUCAGUAACGUCAAUAACAACAAAAAUGACAACAACAGUAAAAGGCAAG